UCAGCCAUCUAAAUCUCGACUGAACAGAGGAGUGGAAGCUUACAAGAAAAGAAAAGUGAAGGAAUCAAGCCUGACCAUGACCGUAAUUCCGGCAGCAUGCGCCUGCCUCCUCUUGAUGAGCUUGUGUGUCUGGGGACAAGAUUGUCCCCCUCCCGACUCCAACUGUCAGGACUUCGAAUCUGACUCGGACGAAGUUCAAAGAGGUUAUUCAGCAAUCAGUGUGCAAGCUGAAAGCACUCUCAAUCAGGUCGACCAAGCCAUCUCAACCGGAUUUGAAGAUGAGCAGAACUGCCCUAUAGCAGAUAAUCUCACGGACUUCUCCGAUCGAGCCAGGAACACACGGGCUACCCUGCCGAUCCAGGUCAGGCCUAUCUAUGGGAGAAGCUGUGAGCCAUGUCCACCCAAAGUCCGCUACCUGCAUCGUUUCUACCGGCGUUGUUACGUCAUCUUCCCCUACAGACAGUGGAUCAGAUACGUCACGUGUCCGACCAAGUGCAACGAACCGUGUUGGUGUUCCAAUACAAGAUGCGUGCCAACACGCUACAUCCGGGUGUGGGUGUGGGCGUGGUGUCUUGGCACCGAACUCCCCUGGGGUUACAAGUUUGGCCUAAACUGGCGCUGGUUGUGGCUCCCGCAAGACUGCGAAUGUCGAGAGCUCACAUUCCUCGGCUAGAUUUCAUGAAGUAUACUGAAACACAAUAAAAACUUAUUGGCUAUUUUCCCGAAAGUUACAAAAAAUCGAUUAUACGUUUUUCAAAGUGUUUCAGCAUACAUAAAACACGCUGGGUUUAAUCAACUGGCUGUACAACCGAAAUAAAAUCUUGAGAAAGAA